AUGUCCAAGCAUCAUCCGGACUUGAUUCAAUGUCGAAAACAGCCUGGGAUCGCGAUCGCGCGCAUGUGCGAGAAAUGUGAUGGAAAGUGUCCGAUUUGCGAUUCGUACGUCCGACCGCAAACCUUGGUUAGGAUAUGCGAUGAGUGCAAUUUUGGCACAUACGGUGGAAGAUGUAUCAUCUGCGGUAGCCCUGGUAUAAGUGAUGCUUACUAUUGUACCGAGUGCACAAGGUUGGAAAAGGAUAGGGACGGGUGUCCCAAGAUCGUCAAUCUUGGCGCUAGUCGGACGGACCUGUUCUACGAGAGGAAACGAUUGGGAUUUCAAAAAGGAUAG